AUGGCACCUGCUGAGCUCAAGGAGUUGAAAUUACAGUUGCAAGACCUGUUGGAGCGUGGGUUUAUUCAGAAGAGUGGAUCUCCGUGGGGGGCUCCGAGCCGACAAAAGAGCUACGCAGAUAACCGAAGGAAAGAUUUAGAGUUCGAAGUUGGAGACCGUGUUUUCCUUAAAAUUACACCACUACGAAGCAUCACUGCGGGUAGAGGAAAGAAACUUCAACCACGGUUCUUGGGGCCUUACAAAAUCCUCCAACGAGUUGGGAAAGUAGCGUACCGACUUGAGUUGCCGCCAAGUUUAUCUCGGAUUCAUAACGUCUUCCAUGUUUCGAUGCUAAAAAAAUACUAUCCUGAUCCAACCCACGUUGUGCGACCAGAGGAGAUUGAGUUAGAUGAGGCACUCACUUACGAAGAAAGACCUGUACAAGUACUCGAUCGGAGGAUUAAGGAACUGAGGAAUAAGCAAAUUCCAUUAGUGAAGGUUAUGUGGAGAAAUCAUGGAAUAGAGGAGGCAACUUGGGAGUUGGAGGAAGAGAUGAAAAAGAAAUACCCUGAGCUAUUUAGUAACCCGGAUAAGAAUGCCUUCAAUUUUGCUAAUUUCACUCCGCUAGAUGUGGUCGUACAAACUCCUGAUCAGACUGAAAGACUGUUGAUUCUGUGCAAAAAUUAA